GAACCGAGAGAAUUAAGCUCACACGUAAAUGAUUGAUUUCUGUAACUUUCUAAAUUCUAUUAUCUUGAUCGAAACCCAUGAUUGCUGGCUCUGAUGAUACAUAGUCGGAUAUUUGAAUGUCCAUAUGUUUACCUAUCAGAUCGACGUGAUGGAACCAACCCCAAACGAACAGACCCACUCGGCGGCACCGAGCCUUCCAGCCCCUUACUUUCAGUUCUUACUAGAUUUAGUGAAAAGUACCCCAGGUAUACUAGAAUUAGUGAAAAGUGGCCCAGGUAUGACGGAGAAGUGGGAGAGGCUUGAGAUGGAACUUGAAGCGUAUUACGCCGGCCCAGGUAAACCGAUCAACGCGUUGAAACUGAGCAUUGUGGAGGCGCCGCUCCCCGAGUCGGCUAUGCCACUGCUCGAUCAGCUUAAAAGGGUUCACCCAGAUCUCGAAAAUCCGGAAGUGGAGUUGCGGAAUCGUGUCAUGCUCUUUGGAGGUCCGUGAAGCUGCGAUUAUUCUCCACUUUUUCCUCAGCAACUGAUUCCGCGCACGAUCCCCCCACCCCCUGUGUCAUUAAUAGAGGAUGCUAACCGAAACGCCCU